GCGCAAGGCAGUGGACACUGUGAACGCUGCCUUGGCUCGCCGGCUCGGAGGGGCGCUCCAGCGGUUUGGCGGAGCCGCUUGGCCCCGCGCCCCUCCCGCCCAUCCACCAGCCACACACUCUUCAUCCACCAGCCACACACUCCUCGUCCGCCCAGCCACCUUUUCAACCAAACCAGCCAUACAUCCAUCCAUCCAUCCGGCAGCGCUCGCUCGCCCAUCCGUCCAGCCACGACCUCCACACCGCCCGCCGGGUGCGUGAUGCUGGUGGACCAAGACAUCGUCGGCGCUCUGAGCUCCACGAGGAUGAGGGGCCUGGCCUCCGUGCUGCUGGGAUUCCUCAAGCAGAGGGGAGCUGGCUUCAAUGACUUCGUGCACAAGCUCGUGGCCACGGACCACCACCAAGCCGUGUGUAAAAGCGCCGCCACGUGCACGUGCCCCUCCGUGCCUCCCACCAGCGGCGGCCCCAACACACAGGCCGACCACGACAAUGGAAACAAACAGCAGCAGCAGCAGACUGUGGCUCCAACUGAGAUGAUUAACCUGGGGCCAUCUGCAAACCCUCAUGCAAAACCAAGCGAUUUUGACUUCAUGAAAAUUAUUGGCAAAGGCAGCUUUGGAAAGGUUCUUCUGGCCAAACACAAGGCCGAUGGGAAGUUUUUUGCUGUGAAAGUUCUGCAAAAGGAGUCCAUUCUCAAACGGAAAGAGGAGAAGCACAUCAUGGCGGAGAGGAACGUGCUGCUCAAGAACGUGAAGCACCCCUUCCUGGUGGGGCUCCACUACUCCUUCCAGACCACCGACAAGCUCUACUUCGUCCUGGACUACAUCAACGGUGGCGAGCUGUUCUUCCACCUGCAGCGGGAGCAGUGCUUCAUGGAGCCGCGUGCACGCUUCUACAGCGCUGAGAUGGCGAGCGCCAUCGGCUACCUCCACUCCCUCAACAUCGUCUACAGAGACCUGAAGCCUGAGAACAUACUGGUGGAUCAUGAGGGCCACCUGAAGCUCACCGACUUCGGGCUGUGCAAGGAAGGCAUCCUCCCCAACGACACCACCUCCACGUUCUGUGGAACCCCAGAGUACCUCGCCCCGGAGGUUCUCCGCAAGCAGGCCUACGACCGCACCGUGGACUGGUGGUGCCUGGGCGCCGUGCUCUACGAGAUGCUCUACGGCCUGCCGCCGUUCUACAACAUGGACACGACGGUGAUGUACGACAACAUCCUGAACAAGCCGCUGCAGCUGCCGCCCAUCACCACCAACGCCACGCGCUCCAUCCUGGAGGGGCUGCUGCAGAAGGACCGCGAGAAGAGGCUCGGCGCCAAGGGGGACUUUCUGGAAAUCAAGAACCACGUCUUCUUUUCACCGAUCAACUGGGAAGACCUCUACAACAAGAAGAUUAAGCCUCCCUUCGACCCCAAUGUGCUGGGACCGUCGGACCUGAGCCACUUUGACCCGGCCUUCACGGAGGAGCCCGUGCCGGGCUCCGUGUGCCGCUCGGGCGAGGAGGAGGAGGAGGCGGCGCUGCGCAGCGCCCAGGAGGCCGACGACGCAUUUGUCGGCUUCUCCUACGCUCCCUCCUACAUGGAGUAGAGUGGCUGUGUGUGUAGAGGGUGUGGGUGUGUGAGCGGAGUGGAGGGUGUGUGAGUGGAGUGGAGGGGCUAUGUGUGUGUGUGGGUGGAGGGGCUGUGUGUGUGUGUGGAGUGGAGGGGCUGUGUGUGUGUGUGGAGUAUGGGGGCUGUGUGUGGAGUAGGCAAAAAUGAGUAGAUUCAAAUCAAUUUCUAUGUUCACAUACAAGCAUCCAAUCGUGUGCGCAAUAAUUAUUUACAAUUUAUGCAAAUUGACUGAAAACAAACAAGCGUACUCCAUUAAGGCCAAUGGAUCAAAGGAGAUGGAACAAACAAAAACACCGAUGAAUAAUAGGCAAAACAAUAUUUUUCGUAUCAAAUCUCUCGGCUUGAAAAUCGUGACAAUCCAUCAACUUGUGGGAUGCUGUGAGUAUUGGCGUGCCUGCGAUGCGCCCGGCAGGCACCGCUCCUCCUCCUCCCGGCGGCCACCUGGAGAUGCGGUGACCGCAAAGCGCCUCGAUCGCCGGCCCCUCCGUGGUGCUCGCUUUGCGAACGCCGCGUCGGGCGCACCGGCGGGGGGGGGGGGGUGCCUGGUUCGCACUGCUAGCACGUGGUGGGCAUUGAAGGCAGCCUCGCACGGCACGCCCCACACGAAUGUAUCAUUUCACGGAGGGUUUCUAUGACCGUGGUUUUUGUAUAGAUAGUUGCUGCUACUCGAUGAUGGUGCUCAAAUAUUGAAGACAAGAGACGUUUUUAGUUUUCGCUGAUAUGCACUGAUUGUUAAAUAGGUGAAGGUUGAAAUUACCAAGUUAGGUUUUUUUAAAAUGAACAUUUGCAAUAUGUGUCGAUUCCUACGUUUCAUUGAAACUAUGCAAGUGCAUUUUACAACAGACAUUGUGAACGUUUGUUUUCCCGAAAAGGUUUUAAAGCAUGCUUUGUUUUGGUUUUAUGGAUUAUUUUUUUACUUGUAACAUUUCCUGCACCAAUUUUUUGUUCGUGAUUUUUUUUUUUCCGUCACUCUGUAAUCAUUCCAGCGACGUUUCAAAAUGAAAACUUGACCGUGAACUUUUGUGAAUGAAGCAACAAAGCGCUGCACUUUUUUCGGCAGAACCAUUACAUUCCCCUUCAGCAGGUGCCUGAUGUUUAGCAUCCAAAUACUGUGUGUCCAGCAAUUUGUACUCCUACUUGAACAAAUGUACAUCUGUACAUAACUCUUGAACAAUAAAGGGUAACAUUUUA